AUGGCCGAAUACUGGAAGUCAGCGCCGCGCCACUGGUGCAAGCAGUGCAAGAUCUUUAUUCGCGACACGGCCUUCGAGAAGACACAACAUGAAGCCAGCCCCAAACACCAAGGAAACCUCAAGCGCUUCCUCCGAGAUAUCCAUAAGAACAACGAGAUUCAACAACGCGAAUCACAGCGAGCAAAAAGCGAGGUUGAAAGACUGCGGGAAGCUGUCGGAGGCGGGUCCUCUUCGGCCAAGGGCGCCGCUACACCAUCAGGACGCCCAGCAGCGCCAGCUCCAAAGGCUGUGGAGAAACCGGUCAGCUUAGAAGACCGGAAGAAGCAGAUGGCUCAACUAGCAGAGAUGGGUGUCGCGAUCCCUCAGGAGUUCCGGGGGGACAUGGCUUUAGCCGGUGAAUGGGAGGCGUUGCCCCAGACCAACACUGCCACGGAUGAAGCAGAGGGAGCUGCCAAGUCCAUCGGCAUUCGCAAGCGCAAACAUGAUGGCGACGAAGAAGAUGAACGUGCAGAACAGAUCCCAGGAAAAAUUAUCAGCCAGAACUGGGGUUCGAAAAUGCGAGCUUACCCUGGCGCACAAGAGGACAAUGACGAUGAUCUGGAUGCUCUACUUGCCUCUACCAAGGAUUUGAAGAAGACCAAGAUCGCACCAACUCAAACGGAAAUCGAGGAAAAGAAACAGGGUCUCAAUCCUUUGGGGAAGAAAGAAGACGAGGCUCCACAUUCGACUGCCUCGGAAACUGACAAGUCAACAAAUGUUAAGACAGAGGCGAUCGAGGAAGGCUCCGUGCCUAAGACGGAUGAAAAACCAGCUGAAGAGACGAUUGGGUUCGGGUUCAAAAAGCGCAAGCCCAAAGUCAUGAGAAAAUAA